UUCGUUCCUUAUUCUUCUGCACACAGUGAUGGAUUCUUUUUUGCGGUCAAGGAAGUUUCGUUAUUUGACCCAGGAAACCAGCAAAGCCUUUAUCAAUUGGAACAGGAGAUAUCUCUUCUAAGUCAGUUUCGACAUAAAAAUAUCGUUCGCUAUCAUGGCACAGAGAAGGACGAGAGCAAACUGUAUAUCUUUCUUGAGCUUGUUACAAAAGGUUCACUUGCAAGUGUCUACCGCAAGUAUCGCUUGCGUGAUUCCCAUGUUUCAGAUUACACCAGGCAAAUUUUGAGUGGGUUGCAUUAUCUUCAUUCCAGAAAUGUGAUUCACAGGGACAUUAAGUGUGCCAAUAUUUUGGUGGAUGUUAGUGGUUCUGUGAAGCUUGCAGAUUUCGGACUGGCAAAGGCAGCAAAAUUGAAUGACAUCAAGUCUUGCAAAGGAACUGCAUUCUGGAUGGCCCCAGAGGUCGUUAAUAGGAAGAACAACGGAUAUGGGCUUCCUGCUGAUAUAUGGAGUCUGGGUUGUACUGUCUUAGAGAUGUUAACUGGCCAAAUUCCUUAUUCUCACUUGGAAGGGAUGCAAGCACUGUUCAGGAUAGGCAGAGGCGAACCUCCUCCUAUACCAGAUACGUUAUCGGCAGAAGCUCAGGAUUUCAUAAAUAGAUGUUUGCGAGUUAAUCCAAAUGAUCGGCCAGCUGCAGCUGAACUACUGGAACAUCCAUUCGUAAAGAAGCCACUGUCAAAUUUCUCAAGUCCUGCAGCACCAUAAAUUCUGCUGUCAAUUGUAGUGAGUGCAGUAUACUGUUAUGUCUGCAAGUACUGGUCUGAUGCUUUUAGGAAUGUGCAAGCCAAGGAUCAGUUUCAAAUGAGAUGCUUGUACAGCGAAUUGGUUUGUGUAGCAUCCGAGAAGUCUUGUGAACUGAAAUUGCAAAUAUUUGGACGUGAGCAGUUGAAUACAGAUGGGCCCAUUGUAUGUUGUAAGUAGAAUGAGCAACAAAGUUCAUGUGUUGCAUUUGUGCCUGGACGUGUUCUAUCUAUCCAAGAUAGACUGUAGAUUAUUAGUGAAUUAGAUGAUAACCUUAUAAAGGAAAUUGUAAAUAGUAGAUAAAUGGGUAGUAUUUGUUUGGUUACACAAAAAUGUUUACAGUUGAAAAAUGAAAAUGCGUUUUUGCUGUUUUUCCCCUGCUA